AUGGUGGCUAAGGAUUGGUUGACGUUGGUCGAUGCCAUCUUUGAUCACAUGGAGUUGAAUGAUCGUCAAAGGGUUUCAUGUGUUGUUCAUUUACUCAAGAUGGAUGCCAGAAUCUGGUGGGAUGUGGUGAAGCAAACACGUGACAUGAAAACCAUGACUUGGGCAGACUUCAUUCAAGUUUUCAGCAAGAAGUACUACAGUGCAACUGUACUAGCAACCAAGGUCGACGAGUUUGUAAAAUUGACACAGGGCAACCUUUCUAUCACAGUGUAUGCCCAAAAGUUUGAUAGGUUGGCAAGGUUUGCUCCUGAAAUUGUUCAGACGGAGGCCAUGAGGGUCCAAAGGCGCAAAUUUAGAUCUCCCUUGCACUGGGAUGAGGUUGGGGAAAGGCAGAUUUUAGUCCCCAAGGCUGUUAGGGAAGCCAGUGAGGCGAUUGAUAAAAUUCAUCAAAGGAUGCUUACUACUCAGAAUAGGCAAAAAAGAUAUGCAGAUCUUAAGAGAAGGGACAUCGAAUUUUUAGAAGCAAGGUAUAAACUUAGACGUAUGCCUCCAGUGCAGUUAGAUCUGCAAGCCAGCCAAGGAAUUCAAGCCGAGAAUGAUAAUCUGCGUCAGAUCCCUCUGCCAGCUCCUGAGAAUUGGUAG